CGUAUCCGGAGUGUCCCCGUGAUCUCCAGGAAAAUACAAGGCCCCUGGACCCCAGUUACAAAUAUCGCCAGCGUCGGCAACGUUCAAGACCAGUGUUAUUGAGUACUUUGGUCGUUAAAUCACCCAGAUAUUCCUGUCUUCACUCCUAAAUACUCUCUUCUUCAGCUCUGCAGAGUGUCGAGGACCUCCCUCGUGCACAUGUCAUCCACCAACACAACCAUCAAUAUGAAGGAUGAAAAAGUGGCUCUUGAAAACUUGGGAGACGUGGAAGACGGCGAGUCCGUUAGCAACCGAACCCAUAUCGUAAAGCUCGAAAAACAGGUGGUGAGGAGGUUGGACAUCGUUGUCAUGCCCACGGUGAUCGUCCUGUAUCUUCUCGCAUAUAUCGAUCGUGCCAACAUUGGAAAUGCACGACUGGCUGGUCUUCAAAAAGACCUCCACAUGACCGAUUUACAGUACAAGACGGCGGUGACGGUGACUUAUAUUCCGUUAAUGUUGGUCGACAUCCCGACCAACUUGCUCCUUAAGAAGAUCGGUGCCGGAAAAAUGUUGCCGAUCCUGUCCAUCACCUGGGGCCUGAUCACCUUGUUGCAAUCUCAGGUUACCAGCUUCGGCGGCCUCGUCACGGUUCGCUUCUUUCUGGGGCUCGUGGAAGGUGGUCUGUUUCCGGGCAUGCUGUUAUACCUCUCGUCUUUCUAUUGUCGUGCAGAGCUACAAGUCCGGAUAACGCUCUUCUUCGCUGCAGUCAUCUUGAGCGGCGCCUUCUCUGGCCUCUUGGCCGCCGCAAUCCAGCAGAUGGAUGGACUGCGUGGGCUCCGUGGCUGGCAGUGGAUCUUCCUGUUGGAAGGCCUGCUCACUAUUUGCUGCGGCAUGGUGGGAAUUUUUGUCCUGCCAAGCACUCCAUCCAAGGUGCUCACGUUCAAAAAGGAACAUGUCGACUAUUGCCAUCACCGUUUGGAGCUGGAUUCAAACCUUUUCGACAAGGAGCACAUCACCGUGAAGGCGGUUCUUUCGAUAUUCAAGGACUCCAACUUUCUGAUCGCCCUGCCUUUCUACUUCGCCUCUGGUUCCCUGGGUCUGGGUCUUUCAGUCUUCCUGCCAACCAUUGUUGCCGCUCUCGGAUACAGCUCGACCAACACACAGCUGUUGACCGUCCCACCAUACACGAUGGCAUUCAUUGCCGCUGUCAUCACCUCAUUUAUAUCGGACCGCUAUCGCCAACGUGGCCUGUCCGCCUUCACCGCUGGUCUCGUGGCGCUCGCCGGCGGGGUGAUCCUCUACUGCGGCCGGGGCUUUGGAGUUCGCUACACCGGUACCUGCCUCCUUGUCAUAGGCACAUACACUUUUGCGCCGUGCACGCUCGCUUGGUUGCCUAACAACAUCGCCGGCCAUGCACGGCGCGCCACGGCGCUGGCUACAUUGGCCAUGCUAACCUCUGCAGGUGGCCUGGCCAGCACGUGGAUUUAUCCCACUAGCUCAGCUCCCUAUUUUGCUUUUGCUGCCAGAUUCAACAUCGCACUCAUUUGCAUCAUGGAUACCUGCGUUCUUUUAUUGCUGCUGAGGCUACGGUCCCAGAAUCGUCGAAAAGAGGAGAAGCCCAGUGAAUUGCUGCGAGGAUUGGAGCACCUGAGCGAGGAGGAGCAGUUUGUUGUGCUAGGAGAUCAUCAUCCGAACUACAGAUACACCUACUAGGUAACCCCGGAUGAGAGUAAUUCGUGAGCCCUGGGCUGACCUAUCCACAGAUUUGACUUGAAAAGGUAGACGCGGGAACAGAGGCUUCCGUCAUCAUUUAACACCGGAGCCUAGUCGCCUCGAGCCUGCUCUCCCUUGGAUCUCGCGCACACCAAACAACCCGAUUGAAGCGACUUCACAGUCUCAAUUUAUUAAACAUCGGGUCUCUCGCCAUCAAAGAAGCUCUCCGACACCAAUUCUCGAAGCUAUUGAUCAAUUUGCGAAAGGGACGCAGGGAAUUAUGCACCAAAUUACCCUCCUUAAGUCCGAGGUCAAUGCACUUCGAGAGGAGAAUGCGCUACUUAGUCGUCGACGACGAGCAAAAAAGAUACGUCUUCGCGAGGGAGGGAGCACGACUCUCGCUGAUGGCCAGGUAUACAGGCUCAGAAUCAAGUAGCUAUCCAGAUGAAGCAGGAAAUGCAGCGAAAUCGUGCUCAAAAGCCUCGGACGGAAACGAAGCCGAGGACCUGUGGAGUCUGCGGAAAGGCAGGCCACAAUGCAAGAACCUGUCAGAUAGUUAACUUAUCCUCUGAGGAAGAGGACUCAGAGUAGUUUGGAAUGACUAAAGAAGUUGUGGUUAAGUCAAGUCGUGAAAAGUGAUGGUGGUUCGGGCGAGGUGGCCCCCUCGCUUGUCUGGCCCACUCGCUU